AUGGUCGGGAUCAGGCCGCUUCGCAGCCCGGCGGCGUGCGCCGAGCUGCGCCGCCUGCACGCCGAGCCCGACGACGGCGACUGGACGGAGGAGGCGCAGCCGCCCGUCGGCCUCCACGACCCGAUCGUGCAGGCGGGGUUCCUUGAGCGGCGUCUGAUCGAGUCGUACUCGCCGGCCGAAAUAGGCCGCACGCUGCGUCAGCUGGCCGAGCUGCAGCCGGGCCGCGCCCUCUGGCGCUGUAACACCCGCUGGGAGCUGCCCAUCCCUGUGCAGAGUGUGAUCAUGUCGCUGCCGGCCGGCUUCGGACGCGACUACUUCUACAUCAUCAUGGCCAAGGCCAGGGAGCUGCUGCAGCUGAAGCGGUUCGACGGCUCGCGGAACCUGCUGCAGGCCAUCCUGGAGGAAGCGCAGUCGGGCGCCGGUCCGCAGGGCCAGACGGCCGCCAAGCUGGCCCGCCUGAUCGGCUGGGAGCAGCUGCUGGCCGACCUGCUUCAGCUCCUUCACAACUGGCCCAAGCUGGGAGACUACCGGGAGCUGACGUCACGCGCCAAGGCGUGCCUGUCGGCCCUGCAGACGGGCAGCGACGUCAUCCCGCGCUCCGAGCUCAUGGAGCACUGCACGCUCUACCUGCUGAACGUCUGCGAGUGGGACCACCUGAGCGAGCUAGAGCGCCGCUGGUCGCAGGUGGACCUGGCCGCGCUGCUCGCCACCGUCUGCCGCGAGCUCGUCAACAAGGGCAACAACCGCAAGAUGUCGCGCGACCUCUGGAACGCAGUGAUCCCGAUGUUCCUGCUGACCGGUCAGCAGAAGCGCUCGGCAGUGGGCGGCAGCUCAGCCGUGCAGCGCGACUCGCCGCACGGCAUCAUGUCGCGCACGCAGCUCACCCAGUUCAUACAGAAGGUGCACGAGCACACGAGCCUGAGUGUGCUGACGUCACUGCUGACGCGCCUGCACAACAUCCUGCUGGACGACUCGACGCGCGAGAUGAGUCUGGAGCACGCCGUGCUCUGGCCCACCGUCGUCAAUGACCCGAACCUGUUCUCCAUCAAGAAUGUGUCCGAGUGUCUGCAGACGCUGCUGACCCAGGGGAUCAGGCUCUACCCCUGCCAUAUACCCUGGCUGCAGGCCAUGGCCGACCUCCGAUACGCGGGUAACGAGCCCACCUCAUCGCUGCGGUAUUACCUGGAGGCGUGCCUGGUGAGCUCCGAGUAUUUCACGCGGCCCGUGCCCCGCACCGUGCUGAGUGAGGCCGUGCUGCGGCGCAUGAUCAAGUGCUGCUCUACGCUGCACUGCUACACGCAGGCGGCCGUGUUGUGCCAGUUCCUGGACGAGGUGGACUACGCCAGCGCGUUCCAGUACGUGGCGGAACGGAACUGCGCCGACGCCAUGGACGCAUACUACGACUGCAUCUGGGACAUGACGCUGCUCGAGUACCUCACGCACCUGCACCACAAGCGCUCAGAACGCGACAAGCGGCAGCAGGUGAUCCGGCUGAUCGGACAGCUGGAGCUCAACUCCAACAACAACGAAGAGAUCCAGCGCGAGGCGGCCGGCGUGCGCAAGGCCCGCUUCCUGCGCGCCAUGGUCAAACAGUACGCGGCCUGAGGUGCGCCGCCGCACGCCGCCCGAGCGCCACGCCAGGCCUCCUCCCCACGUCCGAGGGGGCGCUCC